ACCGACAAAAACUACUUCAAGAAUCGAGUAACGAGCGAAUUUAAAAGGAACAAAGUUCUGUCCGAUGAAAAAGGCAUCAAAUUUUAUUAUGAGAGAGGUCAAGCGGUCUUAAGCCAGAAGAGGAUACUAUAGAACGAUGAUAGCUUUAAGAUGGUUACGCUAUUUUAGCACUAGCAGUGGUCUAAAUACAAAAAUUAGCAAAUUGGUCCCUCCUGUGAAAGAAGAAGAUCUGUCUGAGCAGUUUGUAAAAGGCAGUGGUCCCGGGGGGCAGAAUGUAAACAAAAAUACAAAUUGCGUUGUUCUAAAACAUCUACCUACAGCUAGUCACUUUGAAAAGCUAUAUUCGCUGAAAGCCCCUAUAAGAUUAUUUAGCUCUAUGGUUGACAAGUCCUUGGUGCCUGUGUUGAACGAGGAUGAACUAGAAGAGCGGUUUGUACGAGGGAGCGGCCCAGGAGGUUCAAACGUCAACAAGAAUUCAAACUGUGUUGUUUUGAAGCACGUACCAACCGGGAUCGUCGUUAAAUGCCAUUUUUCAAGGCUUCUCCGCAACAACAGGAAGUUAGCGAGGGAGAAACUUGUCACGAAACUGGACAACUUAAUCAAUGGGGAAAAAAGCGUGGAAAAUCAGCUGCGGCUUAUCUACGAAAAGAAGAAAAAUGUUCUCGAAAGUAAGAAAAGAAAACUGAGACUACUGAAGGAAAAAUGGAAAGAAAAGGAAGGAUUAUAAAUACAUUUAGUUGCCAAUGUCAAUAUUAAAUCAUUGUGUUUAAAUUUAUAUUAAAAUAUAUGCAACAGGGAAAAUUCAAAAGGUUGUAGGUUGAGAUGAGGAGUUGGCGUUCAAGUAGAUGAAGUCACGAUAGAUCUGUGGUUAGAGCAGCAAUGCAGCAUUGGUCAUGAGUUCAAAUCCUGCUUGUGGCAUUACUUUUUUUUAUCUCCAUCAAGACUUUAUAUAAAGUAUAAUUAAUUAAAGUAGUUAAUGAAUUAUUAAUUAUGAUUACUAAUGUAUGGAUUAUUCAUUAACAUUUACGUUGUACUCCUAUUACCCAACAAAUUUGAAUAAGACUAUUUUGUGUUAAUAAUUCCUUGUU